AUGCAGAGCUCGCGAUCUGCUGCCAGGAAGCUGGCCACGGGCCUCCGUGGGUUUGCAAACGCCAAGAAGAGGGCGCCUGCGUUCUACAAGCCCGGUGCCAGCUCGACGGAGCCUGCUGUCGCCAAGGCCCCAGGCACCAAGCAGGCGGCCUCCAGCACCGCAGAGGGCAGUACAGCGUCCGCCAAGCCGCAGGGCGGAGCAGCAGAGGCAACGGCCAAGCCCACCGCCGCUGCUCCCUCGGCUGGCGCCGCUGCCACGCCUCCGACUGCACCAGCCACGCAGCCUGCCGCUGCUGCGCCAAAGCCUGCAGUGCCCACCACCUCGCCGGCAGCAAGCGCAGCCGCGGCUGCAGCGCCAGGCGAGCAGGCUGCCGCAGCAGCCAAGCCCGCACCUACACCCGCCGCCGUCGCGCCCAGCACAGCGGCAGCUGCCGUCCCCAAGCCGGCAGCCACACCACCUGCAACAGCUGCCGUCCCCACGCCGGCACCCACCGCUGCGCCCAGCACAGCAGCAGCAGCCGUCCCAAAGCCGCCAGCCUCCGCGCCCGCAGCCCCCAAGCCGGCGCCCACCGCUGCACCCAGCACAGCAGCAGCGGCCGGACCCAAGCCGCCAGCCUCCGCGCCCGCGGCCCCCAAGCCGGCACCCACCGCUGCACCCAGCACAGCAGCAGCGGCCGGACCCAAGCCGCCAGCCUCCGCGCCCGCGGCCCCCAAGCCGGCACCCACCGCUGCGCCCAGCACAGCAGCAGCGGCCGGGCCCAAGCCGCCAGCCUCUGCCCCCGCGGCCCCCAAGCCGGCACCCACCGCUGCGCCCAGCACAGCAGCAGCGGCCGGGCCCAAGCCGCCAGCCUCUGCCCCCGCAGGCCCCAAGCCGGCGGCAGGCGGCGGUGGUGCAGGGCAGCAGGCAACUGGUGCUGCGGGCGGCGGCGGCGGCGGCGGCAAUGGCUGGCUGCUGCACCCAUCUGUGCCGAUCGAUGUGCGCAUUCUAGGGGCGGGGUUGGUGGGUGCUGGAGCCCUCGCGUACAGCCUCAGCGGCGGCGGCGACGGCGGCGACAGGCCUGGUGAGGCAAAGCAGGGGGUGGUGGAGGAAGCAGGCUUCACGAUGCAGCCAGAGGAGGCAGCAGGCCCAGCCCCUGCAGAAGCGGUGGCGGCAGCGGCGGCGCCAGAGGCGGGCGAGGCGGCGGCGGCGCCCGAGGCGCCCGCGGAGGCUGCCGCGCGGCAGGCAGAGGGCGAGGCGGCGCCUGCUGCUGCCCAGCAGGCUGCAGACAAGCAGGAGGAGGAGGCGACUUACGUGGAUGGCUCUGCGGCAAGCGCUGCCGCCUUUGCCUCUCGUGCCGCCGUGCUGGGCGUGAUUGAGGAGGUGUUCAGCAAGGAAGCCACCGAGCAGCUGCGGGAGCUGGAGGAGCAGGCGGCGCAGGAGGCGGCAGCCGCGGCGGCCGCCAGCCGCCAGAAGGUGGCAGCCGCGGGCAGGGAGGCGGCGGCGGGCGGCGCCGAGGCCGCCAUCGCCGCCGCCGCGGCCAAGGCUGCCAAGGCGGCUGCCGCGGCCAAGGCCAGGGCGGAUGCAGCUGCGCAGCGGGCCGAGGAGGACCUCGUGGCGAUGCAGUCUGCUGUGGCCGACCAGGCGGGGGAGGCUGUGGCCAGCGGAUUUGUGCAGAGCCUGCGUGCCGAGCAGCCGUCGAUCACCAGCCUGCUGCAGGCCGGCAAGCACAGCAAGGAGCAGAAAGAGGCUGCUGCGGCUGCUGCGGCGGCGACGGAGCCGCCGCCACCCGUCCAGCCGGCGCCCGCCGAGGUGGCAGAGGCGGUGGCGAGGGCGCAGCGGCUGCUGGGCGUGCAGCUGGACGUCAGCGCCGCCGGGCUGAUUGCCGAGGCGAUGCGGCACGGCAUGGGGCCGGCAGAGGACUGGUCUGAUUACCCGCAGCGCCACAGGCAGGCGGAGGCGGAUGCUGCGGUGCUGGGAGAGCUGCUGGAGGCUGCGGGCGCCAGCGUGGAGCGCCAGCUGGCGGCGGCGGCGCGCGAGGGCGAAGCGGGCCGCGCCGCGGCGGCGGCGGCGCGGCGCCAGCUGGCGGAGCAGGCCGAGUCGUUCAGGGCGGUGCUGAAAGAGGCGCUGGCGCGCGCCGAGGAGCAGCAGCGCCAGCAGCUGCGGCGGCAGGCCGAGGAGCUUGCCACCGCGCACGCGGAGAUGACUGUGCGGGAGCGCGCGGAGCGUGCGGCCAAGCUGGAUGCCGUGCGAGAGCGGCUCAAUGCCCUGGAGCUGGCGUUCCGGCGCCGCAGCACCGAGCAGCGCACCAGCCACGGCGCCCACCAGCUGUCUCUGGGCGCCUUCUCGCUGCGCUCGGCGCUGGCGGCGGGCGCGCCGCUGGCGCAGCCGCUCGACUUUCUGCGCGGCCUGGCUGCGGCGGACCCCGUGGUGGCGGCGGCGGUGGGCGCGGUACCGCCCGAGGCGGCCGCGGCGCCGGUUCCGACCCGUGACCAGCUGGCAGACGGCUUCCGCGACGUGCAGCGGCUGAGCCGGGAGCUGAGCAUGGUGCCGCAGGGGCAGGGCGGCGUGCUGUCGGUGGCAGUGGCCAAGCUGGCGGCCAAGCUCAAGAUUGCCGAGCGCGGCCCGCUGGCUGCCGCCCUGCCUGGCGACGGCAUCGACAAGCGCCUGGCGGCGGCGCAGCAGCGGCUGCUCGACGGCGAGCUGCUGGCGGCGGCGGCGGAGCUGGAGGCGGCGGUGGCGGGCACCGCGGCGGCGGGCGUGGUGGCGGACUGGGCGCGCUCGGUUCGGCUGAGGGCCGCCGCGGAGCAGUCGGCGGCGCUGCUGGAGGCGCACGCGGCGGCGGAGACGGCCAGCCUGGCAUGA